AAGUAUUCAUAAUUUUAAUUCACCAAAAAAAAAAAAAAAAAAAAAAAAAAAAAACACAAAAGUAACGUGUAACCAUGAAAAUUCUCAAUUUUGUUUGGAGGAUUGCUGAAAGAAUUGUCCAUUAUACACUUGCGUCCAAGGGAUCAAAUUCAGCAAGCAGAAAAAUGCCAAGACGCCGUCCAUUAUACACUUGUGUAGCUUCCAUAUUUGCUAUAAUCGACAUUGCCUGCAGAAAAGUAGAGGAUUUUAAUGGACCUAUUGGAUCAAUAAUAAAUAAAAUCGCGAUAGGUAUGAGUUAUAUAAUGCCAAUUUUAUACACCAUGCAGUUUCAAUGGCUAUCCGUCCUCUCGUUCGUAGACAAUUGCAUACUUACGUCAGAAAUUGUGAUAGAAAAGUUGUUUCCACCGUCAUCCAGAUUGUUUGAUAAGAUUGAUGAGAUAGCUUAUGUAGCAGAAAACCUACCCGGAAAAUUUGACGAUAUCGUGGAAAAAUUGCCUAUGAUUAUUCAUCAGGUGCCAUUUCUUGAUUGGGCAUUGGUUCAUCUUAUAGCCUGGUUGAAUUUCUGGAUUUCGUGUUUGACUCGUUGGGGAUCCAAUAAUGCUCGGGAGAAAGAUAUAACCAUCGAUGUUGAUCACAAUGAUCAAUAUCUCGAACAAGAACAAGUCAUGGCAAAUGAAAAAUCGGAAUGUGGCCAGGUGGAUGAGAAAAAGAUUGUUGGAUCAGAAAUUCAAGCAGUUGAAGAAGCAAUAAGUCCGGCAAGUUCAUCAACUUGUGAUCCAUUUGAGGACGCGGUUUCAUCUCCAAUAUUUGAUUCUCAUGAAGAUGUAAUCAAAUCAAUUGGAAUUCGAAUGACUAAUAAUAAAGGCGAUGUUGGCAAGUGUAGCUACAAGGAGAUGCUAGAGAAAGGAUCUGAAGAAAAGAAAGAGGAGAAUGUGAGCAUAGUUUAGUGAAGAAAAAGGUAGAAGAUGAAAGCAGCAUUAGUAAUGGGGACAAGAUGGAAAAUCCAAAAUUGCAUCUUUUUGACACAAAGCUGGCACAUGAAAUGAAUGAAUAUUGCAGAGAUAAUCUAAUUUCAGUUUCAGUAGCAUAGAUAUGUAUAAUCAAGAAGAAAUUAUUGUAAGCCAAGCCAAUUUUGAAGGAGAAUAGGCUUGUUCACUAGUGUAAUCAGGAUAAAGGUAGUUCUCAAGGUAGAGUUAAUAAUUUCCGCUUUAUUGUUCGGCUUGUGAAGAAGAGGAAACGGGUGUUUUGUUUUUCCAAUGAGACAAUUUCUUUGAAAGCGAGGAGUACACUUUCUCUCUGUUUCUUGCUAUGAUCAUCUAAAUAUUAUUGAUUAAACAGGA